AUGCAUGCAUGGACGCCGUCGCCGCGACGACGGACCACGGCGCCGAUUCCGAUGAAGGGGAUGAGGCCGUACCUACCGAAGUGGGAGGUGCGCGACGUGCAGCGCUGGCUGCGCUGGGCGGAGCGCGUGUUCAGCGUGCGGGCGCCGCGCGCGCACCUGCUGCCCGCACACGGACGUGGGCUGCUCGCGCUGACCACUCAUGACUGGAGACAGGUAACGUAUCUUACUGGACAUUAUCAUUAUAUUAUUACGACGUGCGCCCUGCCUGCCCUAGACGCGGCGCACCUGCUGCCCGCACACGGACGUGGGCUGCUCGCGCUGACCACUCAUGACUGGAGACAGGUAACGUAUCCUACUGGACAUUAUCAUUAUAUUAUUACGACGUGCGCCCUGCCUGCCCUAGACGCGGCGCACCUGCUGCCCGCACACGGACGUGGGCUGCUCGCGCUGACCACGCAUGACUGGAAACAGGUAACGUAUCCUACUGGACAUUAUCAUUAUAUUAUUACGACGUGCGCCCUGCCUGCCCUAGACGCGGCGCACCUGCUGCCCGCACACGGACGUGGGCUGCUCGCGCUGACCACGCAUGACUGGAAACAGGUAACGGAUCCUACUGGACAUUAUCAUUAUAUUAUUACUACGUGCGCCCUGCCUGCCCUAGACGCGGCGCACCUGCUGCCCGCACACGGACGUGGGCUGCUCGCGCUGACCACGCAUGACUGGAGACAGCGACCGUUAGCAGGCACCUGUCCUGGGAACGAGCCGGAUUCCUCGCUUUCACAUUCCCGCGGUGAGCCGGCACAGCUCUCCGUGAUUCACGCGCGCGGAAUGCGGAGCUGUGACCCGCCUCCGCUUUCAGGACCGGCAGAUCCAUACGCUGCAUUGAGCAGUUGCGCGCGCGCAGCGGCGGGAUCUGGCGCGGGCAGCGGUGGAGGGGGGCAGGUGCAGCUGUGGCAGUUCCUGCUCGAGGAGUUAGCGGCCGGCGCGCCGGGUAUCUGCUGGGAGGUAACUACACACAAUAAACCUGCGUUGAGCAGUUGCACCCGCACGGUGGUGGGAUGUGCCGCGGGCUGCGGUGGAGGGGGGCAGGUGCAGCUGUGGCAGUUCCUGCUCGAGGAGCUGGCGGCCGGCGCGCCGGGUAUCUGCUGGGAGGUAACUACACACAAUAAACCUGCGUUGAGCAGUUGCAUCCGCACGGUGGUGGGAUGUGCCGCGGGCUGCGGUGGAGGGGGAUAG